AUGCACAGAGAAGCUGUGAAGGAUGAAAACGACACCAAAGUGUGUAAGAAAGCUUCAAGGCAGAAACUGGUCUCAGCAGGAAACGUAACUGGCAUCAAGAGUCGGCUAAGAAACGCUAAAGAAAAGGCCCAACCCACGGAAGACCCAGCCAGGGUCAAAGAGCCCUUCCAAAAGCCCAACCAGACUGAGGAACCAGGGAAUGAUGUGAAAAUCGCUCCUGCACCCCACCAGUCUCUGCCAGCAAAACCAAUCACCAGGAGAACGACCAGACAGAGACGGCUCAGGUCACCACCAGGAAAAGUGGCCAUGGAAGAGCCCUCAGCAUCCAUAGGGCCCACACAGACACCCGGGGAUACACACACAGAGCCUGUAGGCAAAGGAAAAGACAUCAAGGUGUUGAAGGAAACUUCAGGGCAGAAACUCAGUCCUGCAGAGAGUGUAACAGGCAUCAGGAUUCGGCUAAGAACACUAAAGAAAAAGACCCAACCCCUGGAAGACUCAGCCAGUGUCAAAGAGCUCUUCCAAAACCCAGAUCAGGCCAAAGAAGCAGAGAGUGAUGUUACAAUAGCUCCAGGGCCCCGCCCAUCCCCACCAGCAGAACCAGUCACCAGACCAACAAGCAGAAAGAGGCGGCCCAAGUCAUCACCAGAGAAAGUGGACAAAGAAGAGCCCACACCAACACCAGGGGAAAGCAGGUGGGGCCAGCCUGUAGGUGAUGAAAAAGACAGCAGAGUGCGGAAGGAAAAUCCAAGGCAGAAACUCAAUCCUGCAGAAAAUGUAACUGGAGUCCGGAGUCGGCUAAGAACACUGAGGGAAAAGACCCAACCCCUGGAAGACCCGGCCAGUGUCAAAGAGCUCUUCCAAGACCCAGAUCAGGCCAAAGAACCAGAGGGUGAUGUUACAACCAUUCCAGUGCCCCGCCAGUCUCCACCAGCAAAACCCGUCACCAGACCAACAAGCAGAAAGAGGCAGCUUAAGUCGUUGCCAGAGAAAGUGGAUGUAGAAAGGCCCUCAGCGCUUAGAGAUCCCACACGAACACCGCGGGAAACCACACACAGUGAGCCUGUACUUGAUGAAAAAGACAACAGAGUAUUGAAGGAAGAUUCAAAGCAGAAACUCAAUCCAGCAGAAAAUGUAACCGGGGUCAGGAGCCGGCUAAGAACCCUGAAGGAAGAGACCCAACCCCUGGAAGACCCGGCCGGUGUCAAAGAGCUCUUCCAAAGGCGAGAUGGGGCCCAGGAGCCAGUGAGUGAUGUUACGACGGCUCCAGCACCCCGCCAGUCUCCGCCAGCACAGCCAGUCACCAGGAGAACAGGCAGACAGAGACAGCUCGGGUCACCACCAGGAAAAGCGGCUGUAGACGAACGCUCAGCGCUCUGCAGGCCCGCACAGACUCCAGGGGAAGCCACGCACGCAGAACCUGUGGGCGACGAGAACAAGAUCAGGACGGCCAAGGAAACGUCAAGGAGGGGCCCAGACUCGGCAGAAGACGGCACUGGCGCCAGGGGUCGGCGAAAAGCAUUUAAGGAGAAGACUGUGGAAGACGCGGCCCGUCUCCAGGAUCCCUUCCAAAAGCCCGAUCAGGCCGAGGAACUGGAAAGCAAUGCUACUGCCAUCAAGAGAGCCCCAAAGCAAACAGCGGACAGAAGACCUGUCGAAACAUCCCGAAGAGUCCUCAGGGCCCGUAAAGUAAGGUUCACAGAAGAUCUUGUGGGCAGCAGAGACCCGGCCAAACUCCCAGGUGAAAGCUGCGUUUCCCCGUCCCCCGAGAGGGACCAGGGAGAAGACGGGAGGGUCACAGGCAGGAAAAGGCUGUGCCCCGUGACAGCUGCCCAGGACCCCGAGGACGAGAGGCCACUCCAGAAGAAGCAGAGGACAACCCCCAGGGAGACACGGGGGCCCCCCUCACCCUCGAGAGUGAAGAAGAGAAGCCUGCGGACUUUGGCACAAAGGACUGAGCCUGUGGGAAACCUGCCGGACGAUGACCUGAAAACUAAAGCUACGGAUCCACGAGGAGAAGUCGCACAGGCUCCGAAUAAGGGAGUGUCCCUGCGUUCCAGGCGUCCUGCUAAAACUUGUGUAGAGGAGCAAAGACCUGAGGUUCUUAUAUCAGCAGAAAAGGAAAGUGACAACGUAUGUGUCAAGAAAAUAAGAACCAGAAGUCGUCGAGACCCUGAAGAUAUGUAG